AUGGAAGCCCUGUCCGACUUCUUCACCAAGGCGAUCGAGGCGCCGCACAACGCUUACGUCUUCCUCGACCAUAGCGACAAUGUCUUGGCGAAGCAGGUCGUCCAAUUGCUCGUACGUUUGGGAGCGUGGGUCGGUUGGAAGACUUGUGGGGGUUUGGCACUGAUGCAUUGUGUUCUUUUCUUCGCGUCUUCAUGUUCUGCCUGCUCCUCGCGCAUGUGCUCUCGGCGUACUCCCCCACCCGGCCUCAUCGAUCACCCCCUCUAUUCACUCCCCAUCCCUGCAACACCUCCCCACUCAACCACACUCCCCAACCAACCUCUCAAACCCAAACCCAAAACAGAACACUCCCGCCGUCGUAGCCUUUUACGCCAAACUGACCUCGCUGCUCUCGAACUACUCGCACCUCAUCAUCCCGUUCAUCGGCCUCAUCGCCCAAUUGACCAUGUCCUCCUACACGCGCAAAUGGACCUUGGAGAAGGCGGAGAAGAGGGAAGCCGAAGCGAGGAAGGUGUUGUUGGAACAGAAGCAGAAGGCUCAAAGGGAGGCAGAGGGUAAAUCGGCAACCUUGAAGCCGACGGCGACGGCGACUGCAACGGGUGCGCAGUCGGGGUCCAGUCCGGCCAAGACGGCAAAGGGGAAGAAGGGCAACAAGUGA